CAGACUAUCAGGUCUGGUCCAUUUACAGCAGAAAUGACCCUUUUGUCUUUACCUUGAGAAACUAAAGAACAGGCGAGCAUGUCAGGGUCAUGGGGCAUCGGUUGUUCGGCGAGUGACGUCAUCAAAGCAAGACUGGAGCUGGAGAAAAUGAAAAGAGAAAAAGGUUUCCUGGAGCCCGAGCGCGGAAACCUGGACGACCCAAACAUCAAGUGGAAAUACGGCAAACCAGACUACACAAUGGUGAACCUGGAAUAUAUGAAGGGGAAAACCAAAAAUCAUCUUGCUGGGUCACUAGAACUCAUGGUGGAAAACUUCGUGAAAAGAUGGGAGACUGAGUCAGCCCACUUCAAGGAACUAGACCAGUGGUCUACGAUCAACAAGGAGAACUACCAUGUGCAAGCUAACGGAGGGAAAAUCUUCAAUGCAGAAGAAAGCGAUGCGGUUGGGAGCUACAACUGGCUGAUGUGGGAUUGUAAGAAGGAACUAUUUGACGCAGAGAAGCAAGAUUUUCAGUUUUCGCUUCGUCCGUUUCGCGGAGCUUUCCCCAAAGGGUUUCCUUGGGAGGUCCUGGAGGUGUCUUCGGGACCCCCAAUUGUAGCCUUUACGUGGCGUCACUGGGCCCACUUCACCGGACAGUACCUGGGUCGCCGGGGUUCAGGCCACCUUAUCGAAAUGUACGGCUCCGCUGUGGUGGAACUGGACAAGAACAACAAGAUCGUCUCCAUCCAGAUCGACUACAAGCCGGAAGAGUUCCUGAAGGCUCUGUUAGAGGAUACCACUGAACGUCCGUGUCAACUGUCUACAGAGAAGGAAUCUGCCUGUCCGAUGUGCCCCAAAUUCAAAUGUGUCUUAUAAGUAGCGGUCAUUUCAAGUAUUAAUAUUGUACUGGGUACAAAGUAAUAUUGCACAGAAUGGCAUCGCACAAAGAUUGA